CGUGUGAUUUGUAAGACUUCAGUAAUCAAUCUUGUUUGUCCGAAAUUUUCUUCACAAAGCUCAAAAACACACAGAGAUCGGCCAUGGCUACGCUUUUCACCACCACCGCUCGUUCUUCACUUCUCUUUGUUUCAUCCGUAAACCCAAACACGAGCUUUUCUCCUUCUGUCUCCCUUAAACCCAAUUCUCUCUCUUUCUCUUUUGGUCAUCGACCCAGACCACUCCGGUUUUCUAAAAUCCGAUCUUCUCUGCCCUCGGAAUCCGAAUCUAACACUGAUUUAGAUUCGUCUGGUGUUACAGAUGAAUGGGGUGAGAAAGCGGUAAAUGCAAAUGAGCCGCCCCAAUCUCAGCCAGAUAUUGUGUCCGUGAAUGUGAUUACGGACGAAUGGGGCGAGAAAUCCGGACCCGAAAUCGAGGAAUCGGGUUCCCGAUUUGCGGAUUCGGAUCCUCCGAGGAACGAGGACGAGUGGGAGGAGGAAAUUGUCGGAGGAGCUGAAGCCGACGCCGGAAAUGGAAGUGCGGUGUCCGACGACAAUACUUGGGAGCUGAAAAGGUGUUUGGCGGAUACGGUUUACGGAACUGAAUUAGGGUUCCGGGCUGGUUCAGAAGUUCGUGCGGAGGUUUUGGAGCUCGUGAAUCAGUUGGAAGCUCUAAAUCCUACUCCGGCUCCCUUAGAGAAUCCGGAGCUUCUCGACGGCAACUGGUUUUUGCUGUACACUGCUUUCUCUGAGUUGAUACCUCUACUAGCUGCGGGUUCGACACCUUUGUUGAAAGUGAAAAGCAUAAGUCAGUCAAUAGACUCAAACAAUCUCACCAUCGACAACUCCACUACACUCUCUAGCCCAUUUGCAGACUUCUCAUUCAGUGCUACUGCUUCAUUUGAAGUUCGAAGCCCUUCAAGAGUUGAGGUUUCUUUCAAAGAAGGUACACUUAAACCUCCGGAGAUCAAGUCAAGUGUGGAUCUCCCAGAGAGUGUGGGUGUCUUUGGGCAGCAGAUUAGCCUUGCGUUGCUGAAGCAAUCUUUGAAUCCUUUACAAGACGUGGCAGCAAACAUUUCACGGGCACUCUCUGGUCAGCCACCUCUCAAGCUUCCGAUUCCAGGAAACCGAGCCAGCUCUUGGCUCUUGACCACUUACCUUGACAAGGAUCUCAGGAUUUCAAGAGGAGACGGUGGGCUUUUCGUGCUUGCCAGAGAGGGAAGCUCUCUGCUUGAAUUCUGAAACAUUUGAGAAUGUAUAUAUAGCAGGCUUUGUUGUAAAAACUAAAAACCAUAAUACCUUCACUAGAGACGUACAUCAUCAUAAUAAUGCUAAAUGCAGAUUAUUGGGCCAGACA